AAAAAGUUCCAGACAUCUCCAUUUUGAAGAACCACUGUUGAAAAUGUCAUCAAAUGAAUUUGAGUUCUUAAAGAUUGAGACAUAUGUUCUCAAAGUGCACAUGAACUGUCAAGGGUGCAUGCUGAAAGUGAGAAAACUCCUCCGAAAAGUUGAAGGUGUUUAUAAAGUAAGCAUAGAUGCAGACGAGCAGAAGGUCACUGUCACAGGUAGUGUGGAUUCUGCUGUUUUGAUCAAUAAGCUGGUUAGAUCUGGUAAACAUGCAGAGCUUUGGUCUCCAAGUUCCAACAAGAAACAAGCCGAAUUAUUCAAUAAUGCCAAGAACCAAAACCAAACCCAAUAUCUGAUCGAUGGCCUUGAUCCCUCCAAAAAACAGCACACAUCUCCUACCUUUGGCAGAGUAGAUGAUGAUUGGAGAUCUGAAUGGUACUUUAAUCAGAGUAGGGGGGCCAAGACUGUCACAGGUGAAUUCAAUCACAAUUUGAUGGCAGCAAUGCAAAAUCUAGGUCUGGGUGGGGAUGGAGUCACAAUUGGUGAUCAUGAAAAUUUUCAAAACGAAACAAUUCCAAUGCAUGACCAUGCAGGUUUUCUUGGCAAUGAUGCUGGUUUUGCUGCCUUAGGAGGCCAUGAACUAGGUGCAUAUGGAGACAUUUAUGAAGGAUUGCCAAUUUAUGAGUAUGAUCAUCCAUUAUCCAAUAUGAUGACCAACAUUCAGGUGUCCCACUACACCUAUCCACCAACAGACAUGAUUAACAUAUACAUGUGAGAAAGGACACCACAAACAACUUUCCAUCUAUAAGAGCUAAAAAAAGGAUAUCUCUAUAGGUCAACUUGAUGGAUAUGGAAAUCUCAGGGAGUUAUAAGGAAGAAUUGAAACUCCCGAAGGUGUUUUUGCAAUCGACUCAAACCCCAAGUGGGUGUUUUUAUUUUUAAGCCAUGAAUAAAAGAGCAUACAUAAAAGAAAACAAUAAGUAACGUUGUUUAAGAA